AGAAAUCCUACACCACAGCGUUUUACUAUGAAAGUAACAUCAUUUGCAGAAGUUUUAUUGAUCUAAGCCUUGUGUUUGCCAUAUAGAACUUUAGAAUAUCUAAGACCAGAUGGAUGCUCAGGAGAAGAUGCCGUUGUUCUUUUUCUGUUUGGUCAUCAUCAUGGCUGCGUGUUCUACCGGGGCACGGGCCGGAUGCUGUUGUCCUACAUACUGGACUGCUUUCGGACAAAACUGCUACAGGUUUUUUGCCUACAACAAUACGUGGCAAGACGCAGAGAACUACUGCCAGUCGUAUAGUGUGCCCUCUCUCGGCAGUGGAGGGACAGUUAUCGACAGCCUUGGGCACCUUGUUUCUAUCCAUUCUGAGGAAGAGAAUAACUUCAUCUCAACAAUUUUCACAACUUCUCGGAAAAAAGAGACUCAGACUGCACCCAUAACCAUGUGGCUUGGACUACACGAUACAUCAACUGAAGGUGAAUUUGAAUGGUCAGACGGGACUCCGAUGGACUUCACCAAGUGGUCACCAGGACAACCAGACGACUUUCGGACGCGGGAGGAUUGUGUGCAGAUGAGAUCCGAUUAUGGAAACAACUUGUGGAAUGAUGCAGGUUGCCGAAAUGGUAAUUUGCCCUAUUUCAUCUGCAAACUUCCAGCUUAUUAGGCCUAUAUUGAGAUGAAAUCUGCCAUACACAAUGAUACCGACAAUGACGUCAGCGGAGGUUGUGAUAACAAAAGCUGAAAACUGAAUUGAAAAGACCUUUCUUUUAUGAAGAAACUACCAAUUCUAUCCAUUUAUUUGAAAUGAGGAUGCCAAUUUACUGGCCAAACUGCAGUGGCGUACAGAUAAGUGGUUUGGGGCGUUUUCCACCCCCCAA